AUGAAGCACAAAACAUGGGAAGAAAUACAAAGACAAGAAGCUGGUCAAGAAACUGUUGAGAAGUCUUCCGCCAAAAUUCGAACGAAGAAAACAGCCAUGGGAACUGCUCUCGACACCGACAACAUGGACUUGGAUGAGAUUGUUGAUGACCGCAAAGACAUUCAAGAGCUCAAGAACGAAAUGAGUUUGAUGGCGAAAAACUUCAGCAAAGCUUUGAAAAGAGUAGAAAGAGGAAGAAAGAAACCAUUCUCAAAGCAAUCAAGUGGUGAGAGAGACAACGACAGAACAUGGAAAAAGAGUGAUCAACAAUGUCAUGAAUGUCGUGGCUACGGACAUUUCAAAUCCGAGUGUCCCACUGCCAAGAGAAAGGAGAUCAAAUGCUUUGAAUGCAAAGGUUUUGGUCACACUAAAGCUGAGUGCAGCGGUUCUGAUAGGAAAGGGAAUGAGUGA